AUGCGCUCAUCCGAUCUUUUCUACCUUAAAAGUUUUUUUCUUUUCCACAUUCCUGAAACCGUGUGCCAGUUUCCAGUACUUCCUCCUUCAACAUGCGAACAAGUUCACAUGUUGUCGACCCCCCCCCCACAACUACUUUUUAUAAUUUUGUUUCCUCCUUUCCCUUAUUGCUACGUGCUGCUGCUGUUUGUUUCUGCUCCUUGCCUUUCCCAUGUCGUUUCGACCCUCAAUAUCUUGACAUCUCUUCUCUUUUCCUUCUUCUUGAAAACAUUUUAA